AGCUGCCGUUUCAGUUAGAAAUCAUCAUCAUCAAACAAAGAGCGAAAUCUCAGCUUCUUCUUCUUCUCUAUGAGCAAAUCACUGUCUGAGUCAAACCACAACUCCUAAAAUCUCAAAAUGCUUCAACCACGCACACUUCGCCCUUACAUCUCUAUUUCCCCUUCAUCUUCUUCCUCAAACCCUAACCCUAACCCUAGAGACUCCAUUUCCCGUUUCCAAUCUAAUCACAAUGAAUUCCCAUCACCUUCGUCUUCAUCUUCAUCACCACCAUCAUCAUCAUCCUCCGUUUCUAGAUCCCUCAAAAACCCUACCGCAUUCACGCACAACUACCUCAUCGCAAUCUCACUCAUCCCCUCCGCUCUCUUCCUCCUCGACCUAGGCGGCUCCACCGUCUCCGCCACCUUGAUAAUCGGUCUUAUGAUUUCCUACAUUCUUGAUUCGCUCAAUUUCAAACAAUCCUCAUUCUUCUCUUUAUGGAUUUCACUCAUCUUUUCUCAAUUCACCUUCUUCCUCACUUCAUCGUUUUCACUCUUCGCAACUUUCAAUUCCUCCCUAACCCUAACAAUCCUCGCUUCCUUCUUAAUCGCUCACACUACUUUCCUCAUUGGCGUUUGGUCUUCUCUUCAAUUCAAAUUCCUCCUAAUGGAAAACCCCUCUGUCGUCGCAGCACUCGAACGUCUCCUCUUUGCGUCUCUCCCAAUAACUGCCUCCUCGCUUUUCACUUGGGCUUCUAUUGCAGCCGUUGGAAUUAACAACUCCGCUUACUUUUUCAUGGCUUUUAAUUGCUUCUUUUAUUGGCUUUAUUCGAUUCCGCGUUUAUCGUCUUUUAAAACGAAUCAUCAUGCUAGGUUUCAUGGUGGUGAAGCACCUAAAGAUAGUUUCAUACUUGGUCCUCUUGAGAGUUGUAUUCACACUCUUUAUUUACUUUUUGUGCCUCUUUUGUUUCAUCUUGCUUCUCAUUAUUCGGUUGUUUUGUCUUCGCCUGCUUCGUUUUGUGAUCUUGUUUUGCUUUUUUUUGUACCGUUUCUGUUUCAACUUUAUGCUUCUACUAGAGGUGCUCUUUGGUGGGUUUCUGAUAAUGCUUCUCAUUUGCAUAGUAUUCGACUUGUGAAUGGUUUUGUUGCGUUGGUUUUUGUUGUUAUUGCGUUGGAGAUUAGGGUUGUUUUUCAUUCGUUUGGGAGGUAUAUUCAGGUUCCACCGCCUCUUAAUUAUGCUCUUAUUACUAUUACUAUGCUUGGUGGGGCUGCUACUAGUGGUGCUUACGCCAUGGGGAUGGUUUCCGAUGCCCUUAGCUCGGUUGCUUUUACUACUUCUGCCAUUGUGGUUAGUGCUGCUGGAGCUGUUGUUGUGGGAUAUCCUGUGCUGCUCCUGCCUGUGCCUGCGGCUGCUGGCUUUUAUUUGGCUCGAUUUUUUGAAAAGAAGAGUCUAGCUUCAUACUUUGUUUUUGUUGUUCUUGGGAGUUCGAUGGUUACAUGGUUUGUGUGGCAGAACUUCUGGGAUUUAAAUAUUUGGUUGGCAGGCAUGUCCCUUAAAUCUUUUUGUAAGCUAAUUGUUGCAAAUGCUGUCCUGGCUAUGGCUAUUCCUGGUUUAACUCUUCUGCCUUCAAAGAUAAACUUUUUGUCUGAGAUCAGUCUGAUAAGCCACGCAUUGCUCUUAUGCUACAUUGAAAGCCGAUUUUUCGACUACUCCAGCAUUUACUAUUAUGGAUCUGAGGAUGAGGUGAUGUAUCCUAGCUAUAUGGUUGUGAUGACAACUUUAUUGGGUUUGGCUUUGGUGAGAAGGCUAUCUGCUGAUCAUCGAAUUGGAGGAAAAGCAGUAUGGAUUUUGACUUGCCUCUUUUCUUCAAAGCUCGGCAUGCUGUUUAUUGCAUCUAAGUCUGUUGUAUGGGUUUCAGCUGUUCUCUUGUUGGCCGUUUCUCCUCCAUUACUUCUUUACAGGGAUAAAUCGAAAACAGCUUCUAGGAUGAAGCCAUGGCAAGGUUAUGCACAUGCCUGUGUAGUUGCCUUAUCUGUAUGGUUUUGCCGUGAAACAAUUUUUGAAGCCCUACAGUGGUGGAACGGAAGGUCUCCUUCUGAUGGUUUAAUUUUGGGCUUCUGUAUACUGUUGAUCGGAGUGGCUUGUAUUCCAAUUGUUGCUAUUCACUUUUCUCAUGUUUUGUCUGCCAAGAGAUGUCUGGUGCUGAUAGGGGCGACUGGUCUACUUUUAAUUUUGAUGCAGCCACCUCUUCCGUUGUCGCUGUCUUACCAGUCGGACCUCAUCAAAACUGCCCGUCAUUCUGCUGAUGAUAUCUCAAUUUAUGGCUUUAUAGCUGGGAAGCCAACCUGGCCAUCUUGGCUUCUUAUUAUUGCUAUUUUACUUACACUAGCAUCCAUUACAUCUAUCAUACCCAUUAAAUACAUUGUUGAACUAAGGACAAUUUACUCCAUUGCUAUGGGCGUUGCCCUUGGUAUCUACAUUUCCGCCGAAUACUUUGUCUGGGCAGUAGUUUUGGAUGUUCUUAUUGUUGUCACUAUGGUUUGUGCCUCUGUUUUUGUUGUCUUCACUCAUAUGCCCUCUGCUUCAAGCCCAAAGCUUUUACCCUGGAUAUUUGCUUUACUUGUAGCUCUCUUUCCAGUCACUUAUCUUUUGGAGGGCCAAUUGAGAAUUAAAAAUAUUUUGGAGGACAGUGAGAUAGGAAAUUUGGGUGAGGAGGAGAAGAAGCUUACAACAUUGCUAGCUAUUGAGGGUGCCAGGACAUCUCUUCUUGGUUUGUAUGCAGCAAUCUUCAUGCUUAUAGCUUUGGAAAUAAAAUAUAAACUUGCUUCUAUUAUGCGGGAAAAAGUCAUUGAUUCAAGUGGAAUUAGACAUAGUCAUUCUGGUCAAAGUGCAUCUUCUAGUUUCCUGCCGAGAGCGAGAUUCAUGCAGCAUCGCCGGGCUUCUACUGUUCCCUCUUUUACAAUUAAGAGGAUGUCUGCUGAUGGAGCCUGGAUGCCUUCUGUCGGAAACGUCGCCACAAUACUGUGUUUUGCUAUAUGCUUGGUCCUCAAUGUUUACCUUACCGGUGGCUCUAACCGUUCUAUAUUUUUCCUUGCUCCUAUCCUUCUGCUUCUCAAUCAGGAUUCAGAUUUUAUUGCAGGUUUUGGCGACAAACAUAGAUAUUUUCCUGUGACUGCUGUCAUCUCAGUCUACUUUGUUGUAACUGCUUUUUAUAGCAUAUGGGAAGAUGUUUGGCAAGGUAAUGCUGGAUGGGGUCUUCAAAUCGGUGGGCCGGACUGGAUUUUUAUGGUGAAGAAUUUGGCCCUCCUCGUUUUAACGUUUCCGAGUCAUAUAAUUUUCAACAGGUAUGUGUGGAGCCAUACAAAACAGAGUGAUUCACCCCCAUGGAUAACUUUGCCCCUUAAUCUGCUUCCUAUUGCAUGUACAGAUGUUCUCAAGAUUAAGAUCUUGGGUAUCUUAGGAGUUAUAUAUUCCCUGGCCCAGUAUCUAAUUACUAGGCAACAAUAUAUCUCUGGUUUGAAGUACAUCUGAACCUCACUGUACUCUGUACUAUAAUAUGUUGUCAAAUUUUAGGUAUAUUGAUGCUUGUGCUGAUAUUCUUGUUGAAAUAUGUAUGAGGAAUAUGGCGAAAUGCAUUUUUGCUAUUGCUAAUAGUCAUUUAAGCCAUCUUUUAAAAUAUGAAUAAGUCUUUUUCGAUUAA